UACACUCGCGCCGAGCCGAGCACGUUCAUCAUAGAAAUUUUGUGGUUAUCUUUUACAAAUGGCGACGAAACACGCCGUACCGUAUAACCCGUAAAGAGUGAUCCGGCCUGGUUUUCUCGUGUAAAUACACAUUGAAACAUUCAGCACGACUUAUCCGGUCGAACGAUUCGACGAAAGGCAUUAAAAGCAAUCUUCACGCGACAGAUUCAAUAAUCUUGUAUUAACAAGACUGUAAUAAUGGGAAACGCGAUGGCUGCCUCCGCACCUCCUCCACCGCCACCUCCGCCACCGGGUCCCGAACUAGUGCCGAAUUUAGGGAAACCGGAUCCGUCAACGGAUAUUUACGCGCCUACCGAAGCGUCCAGUCAGAUUGAGAACCCGGGUACCAUCGAGGAUUUGCACAAAAAGUGUAAAGAUAUAUUUCCUAUAAAUUUUGAAGGAGCAAAAUUAGUAGUCAAUAAGGGAUUGAGUAACCAUUUCCAUAUUUCACAUACUAUUAACAUGAGUUCUGUAAUACAAUCUGGUUACAGAUUUGGUGCAACUUAUGUUGGCACAAAACAAAUUUCACCUACAGAAGCAUAUCCUAUAUUAUUGGGUGAUAUUGACCCAAGUGGAAAUCUUAAUGCCAACAUUCUUCAUCAAUUUGGUUCAAGACUCAAAGGAAAAUUGGCAGCGCAAGUGCAAAGAAAUAAAUUUACUGCUGUACAAAUGACAGCUGAUUAUCGAGGGGAUGCAUAUACUUGUUCUUUAACACUAGGCAAUCCAGACGUUCUUAAUGGUUCUGGUGUUCUUGUUUUACAUUAUCUUCAAAGUUUAACACCAUCGCUUGCAUUAGGCGGUGAGCUUGCAUACCAACGUGGACCUGGCUUGCCAGGUGGACAAAUUGCAUUACUAUCUGCUGCAGGGAGAUAUACGAAUGGUGACUCUACAUUCAGCGGUAGCAUUAGUCCAUCUGCUUGUCACCUUUGUUUCCAUCAAAGAGCUAGUCAACAAUUACAAGUAGGCGUGGAGUUAGAAAUUAAUGCACGAAUGCAAGAAUCGACAGCAACAAUUGCUUAUCAAGUCGAUUUACCUAAAGCAGAUUUAGUGUUUAAAGGUAGCGUAGAUACGACUUGGACAGUAGGAGCAGUCUUAGAAAAGAGAUUACAACCGUUGCCAUUCUCAUUCGCGCUCAGUGGUAUGAUCAAUCACAGCAAGCAGCAAUUUAGAUUAGGUUGUGGCCUAAUCAUUGGUUAAGAACGAUAUGCGGCUAUGCAAUUUUCAAAAUGCGGAUCCAAAGGAAAUCGGGGGAUUAUAUGUUACACGCUUUACGUGCAGUCGAACAGUCGUGUAA